CAACACUGCCUGCCAUUGCGUCGUCAGCCAACACUUUUUGCUGCUGCAGUACAAAACAAUAUUCGCUGGCUAGCAAAAUUUCCAUAGAAUUUGUCGAGAAAAACGGUACUUGUUAAAGAAAAAAUUGUUUUUUAGAGUUGCACAAGUGAGUGCUGUGCUUGCUUAACACACGCGCAAAGAAACACACGUAUAGGGAGAUCGUAAAGCAGUUAUCUCUGCCCCUUUCCCCCCCAAAGUGCAAACCAAAUGCCAGUAAAAAAUGGCGAAUCAGAUGCGGAGGGCGACGUCUCUGGUGCGGAGUCGGAGCGCUCAAACUCCAGCCAGGCGCAUGACACCUCCGACGAAGAGGAGGAGGAGGCCAAUGAGUGCGAUUCCGAUGAUUCCUCCGAAAUGGAUGCCAGCGAAAUUGAGCUGCGUCGCGCCGAACAUAUCGAAGAUUUGGCCAGCCUGGACCGACAAUUUAGUCAGCUGCGCGAGCAAUAUUACUGCGAACGCAUCAAUCACAUUGAACGGCAACUCUCGGAUGUGCGCUCCGGUCGAUCCGAGGAAUUUGUCCAGCCACAAAAGGAACUGGACAAAGUCUAUCGCACACGCAUCGAGGUGGCCGACGUGUUGCGCAAGUUUCGCCUGCAGAACAUCGAGCAUAAAUACCUGUCCGAGGAGCAGGCAGCAGCACAGCAUUUCGAGAGUGAGAAACAAAUGGCAGUGGAUAAUCUGCGCGAGGAUCUAAUGGAGCGUAUACGACGGCUCGAAGAGGAUCGCCAUAACGUGGACAUCUCCUGGGAUGAUUGGGGCAAUGAUAAGCGACAGAGCAAGGUGCGUGGACCAGGACGUAAAAAAGCGGUCACUGUCACCGGCCCGUAUGUUGUAUAUAUGCUGCGCGAGGAGGAUAUUAUGGAGGAUUGGACGAUAAUACGUAAAGCACUGAAGCGUUCGUCCACAGCCACAGCCAAUGUGUCGGCGCCGACGGCCAAUCUGGUCGGUGUGCCGCUGACGCCGACGGCGAUGGCGGGUGCCAAUGGAUAACGGUGGCGUUCGGCUGCCUAUGGCCAGACGCGCAAUAAAAAGCUCACCUGACGGCAGCGAAAGGUAGCAUCGUCUACUAACCGGAAUGUCCAUUAGCUACUCUGUUAAACGAUGAUUAUGUUUGUAAUAAUCACGCACGAACGAUGCAGCGCGAUUAAUCGUUCGAGCCAUUAUGCUUAAAACCCACUUUAUAUUAUAUUAUAAACAAAACAAAACGAACCGCAACAAAUGUCGACCCUCAAAACAAUACAAGCCCAUACUUAAUCUUAAGUCCAAAUUGUAGUAUAAAUUUGCAUUACACACGAUAUGUAUAUAUACAUACAUAUAUAUAUUGUCUAACAUUGUAUAUAUAGCUAUAUAUUUGCUUUCGCCACAGCUCCUGCUACCCUAGAAACCUCAGUCAAGUUACGUCUUGUUGUCUAUGCUAAUCACGUCUCCACAUUUAUAUAUAUAUGUAUA